AUGAGUAGUCACAAUCAAAUUAAGUAUUCCAUUAAUGAUCUGAAAUCAUUACCCAAUCUUGAUAAUAUAGCAUCAACUAAUUUAAUCUUAGAGGAUAUAAAAUUUCGAAAAACAUGUUUAUCAAACUUGAGAAAAAGUUUACAAGCAAUGGUAUCAACAGUUGCCACUCAUCCAUAUGUUGUACAUUUCAAUGAAAAAUUAAAUGAAGCAAAAAUUAUGGAAAAUUCAAUUGAAACUAUUGAAAAUGAAAUUAUUAAUCUUCAAACAAUAUUUAAUGAUAUUGAUCAAUGUACAACAAAUUAUAUAAAUAUAUUAAAAGAUGACGAUAAUGAAUAUAAUUGUUCUAGAUUUAUUAGAAACUGUGAACUAUUACGUGUAAGAAUAGAACAGUUAGAAAUUGAAGAAACUUUUCCAAAAUUAACAGAAAAAAUGAAUCUCUGGAAAAAUAUUUAUGAUACUGAUGAACAAUUUAAACCAAAAAUAAUUGAACUUCUUGAAACUAUUGAAAAAGAUUUAUUAGAUAAAUAUGGUGAAGAAAGUACAGCCUAUGCCAUUCCCUAUAAAGUUGGAAUUCUUGGGAGUAGAAGUGUUGGUAAAAGUACAUUUUCAAAUUAUGUUCGAGAUGUUACAAAUGAACAAGAUCCGUUAUUUUCUCCAACAGCUCUCGAAAAAAGUACAUUUUGUUAUUUACAAUUUGAUAAAGAAUAUCCAUAUAGAAUUGAAGGUUGCACCGAUAAUGAACAAAAUAUUGAAUUUGCUAAUUAUAUUAAUGAAAUAGGAAAAGCAGAUUGUGAUUUAUAUCUAAUUCUUUAUGAUCGAGAAUUUUCUCAAUUAGAAUUAAGCUGGAAAAGAAAUAUUGAAAAUGUACUAAAUCGAAAAUGUUUAAUUGUUCGAACAAAAGUUGAUCGUCUAUUUCUCGAUUGUUAUGAACAAAUGUUUCGUACAGAAUUUAAUGAAAAUUCAAUUGAUGAUCAACAUAAAAUAAAACGAAUUCUUGAUAAAGUACGUAUAAUUGCACGUACAACUCACUAUGGUGAAAAACUUGAAGAAGUUUAUCUAAUGGCAGCAAAAUCUAAUCGUUCUAUUCGUAAUACAAAUUUUGCUAAUUUUGAUAAAGAUAAAUUAAUUCAAACUAUUCUUCAAUUAGCAUUAAGUGAUGGUCGGGAAGAACGUUUAAGAAAAAUGGCUAUCAUUGCAGCAGCUGAUAUAAUUAAUACAUGUUUUAGACGUGGUUCUAUUAUAUCAGUUAUGAAAUAUAAAAUUGCUGCUGGUAUUCUUUCUAUUGUACCACUUGCUGAUGAAAUACCAAGAUAUGUUGGUAGAGAAAAAGUUCGACAAGUAUUUGGAAUUCAUGACCAAGCAUAUUUAACAAAUAAAUACAAUGAAACAACUGAUAAAUUACAAACAUAUUUACUAAAAUAUCAGUUCUAUCUUCCACAAUAUGAAUUAAGUACGGAUGCUUUUAAAUAUUUAGUUAAAAAAACCAAGGACACCGACGAUAAUCAAACAAAUACCAAUGUCAGUACAACUACAAUGAACAAAUUAAAUCCAACAAAUUAUACGAGAAACAUUCAAUUAAAAAAUGUAAGGACUAAAAAGGGUAAAAUACUACAAAAACUGGCUCCGGUAGGUGGUCGUGUGCUGUUACCUAUUUUUGCAGCAACAGAUGAUAUUGUUCGUGUAGCAGUGCCAGCCGCUGCAGCAGGAUUACGGGUAGGUUUAACAGCUGCUACCGCUGGAAUUGGAUUUGUACUAUCCAUUCCAUUAUGCGCAUGGGCAGCCAUAUCGAACGGAAAACAGAUACAUAAUUAUUUACAUUUACUUUGUGAUGAUUUAUUAGUUUUAAUCGAAUAUUUUAUAACAGCUGUUAUUAAUCGUUGUUUAGAAGAUCAUAGUAUUGAUGAUGAUUAUGAAAUAAUAACAACUGAUGGUAAUUUUGAUCGUUUAUCUUUCCAACAAGUUUUCGAAUAA